GUACACGUAUUUUCGUUUCCUUUGAACGAAAACUGUCGUAAAAGAGGGCUCAAUGCAAUCCCUCGUAGUGAUUUAGUGGUUACAAAAUAAACCCGAGUAUGUAAUUUGCACUUUGCUGAGGACAGCAUCAUUUGGAAAUCCAUCUUCCAUGACGAAAAGACAGGAGAUAUCAAGCAGAAGAAGCCGAGAUGAGAAAUUGAGGGACAAGGAACAAGAACAACUACUUAAAGCACUGCAAACUAGCAUUGAUGAUUAUUCCUCCUAUCAAAAAUCAACUUGUUUUCAAAAUUAUUUAGACUUUCUCACAGUUUUCAGUUCAUGGCAAUGCCCAUAUGGGUGGCAUAAAAUUGUUCAGGAUAAAGUUACUUCGUUUAAGUUAGAAUAUAAACCAGCACCCAUCAUAACUCACUCUGUAAUUGUUGAUAAAGAUCUCAAUGUAAAAACGUAUAUGUACUCCCAAGAAUUGUUACUCAACUCAGGUAAUAUUAAAACUCCAUUUUUAUUAUCUAAUAUACACCACUUGGAUGGUGUUCUGCAUGUUCUUUCUGAGAAUGCAGAUGCUUCGAGGGAAUAUUCAGGUAAAUAUCAGUUCAGAGCCACUAUCAACCUUGCUUACAAUAUUUUAAAUAGCACAGAACUAUUCACCGAUGAAGAGACCCACACUGUCAUUGAAUUUAUUUGUGACCAACUAAAGCUUGCUAUUAGUCAGAAGAACAGAUACAGUUACUCAUCAGAAACAAUAGUAUUUUGCUCUAUGUUGAAUACAAUCAGUCCACAUCCAUAUAGAUUUAUUAGGAGCCAUGGAGCACUUAUUUUACCACACCAAAAUACUCUGAAGUCAAUAUGUAAUACAUUGAUGGUCGAUCCAGUUCCCGAUGAGAGAUACAACUUUUUAGGCUAUGCAAAAAACCUUUUCAGAUUUAUAAAACAUGGUGAGGAGUACAUGAUUUUAUUGAUGGAUGAAAUACACAUUCAGCCAUAUUUAGAUUUCAAAGGGGGUAAGAUUGUUGGAACGUCAAUUAAUAAUACUUCAUUAGCUACAACAGCCUAUGUGUUUAUGAUUUCAAGCUUCUGCUCCAAUUUCAAAGAAGUUGUUCAAAUCUGUCCUGUUUCUAAAAUUGAUCAUAAUCUAUUAUACAAUAGGACAAAAAAAAUUAUUAUUGGAUUAGAAGAACUUGGUUAUACAUUUUUUUGUGUUGUAAGUGAUAAUAAUGCACUGAAUAGUAAAGCGAUGGCACAUUUUUCUCCAGAUAAUAAAACAAGCAUUGUUUAUCCGUAUCCGUUGGAUAAAAAACAUCCCCUAUUCUUCCUUUUUGAUACAGUGCACCUUCUAAAAUGUAUCCGCAAUAAUUGGCUGAAUUCAAAACCAGACCAAAUUUUAACAUACCCAGAUUUUGAAACACAUGAGGUAAAUGUUGUUUCAUUUAAAUCUCUUAAAACAUUGUACCAAAUGGAAAGUCAUAAAAUAUUGAAAAAUGGUUAUGGUUUGACCCUAAAAGCUUUACAUCCUACCAACCUUGAAAAUGUUCAUUUAGCUCUCGAGAUAUUCAACCCAUUUGUAAUAGGUGCAGUAUCAAGGUUUGGUAAAAACAUACGGCACUUCGAAAAGACAGCAAAAUACACUGAUAUUAUAUGGAAGUGGUGGAGAAUUGUCAAUGUAAAAAGUCCAUUGAAAGGAAAGUGGUUAAAUGACCUUUAUGCAGAGCCUAUUGUUUGCUCCAACAGUGAUGGACAAGGUGAUGACAGUAAGCUGAAAUUCUUGCAAAAAAUGCUAGAUUGA